AUGGCGUCGCUUGGCGUGGGGCUGCAUGUCAUCCGCAGGCGUGGAGCAGGCAGGAGCGCCGUGGUGGAGAGGAGGAACCUGCUCACGGUGUGCAGGUUUUCAGUGAAGACGCUGCUGGAUCGCUCCUGUUUUGAGACAAUAGACGACUCCUCUCCAGAGUUCGUUAACUUUGUUUCCAUCCUGGAGCACAUCCUCAGUCAUCGACUCAAAGGUCAGACAACUUGGUUUGGCUAUGAGAGUCCACGGAGUUUCUGGGAUUACUUGAAAGCCGCCUGCAGCAAAGUCCCUCAUAAUUGCAUCCGAAGCAUCGAGAGCAUGGAGAAUGUGCGAUCUUCGAAAGCUAAAGGCAGGGCGUGGAUCAGAGUCGCCCUCAUGGAGAAAAGAUUAUCAGAAUACAUCUCAUCUGCACUGAAGGACUUAAAAAUCACAAGGAGGUUUUAUGAGGAUGGAGCCAUCAUGCUGGGAGAGGAGGCGGGGCUGUUGGCAGACACACUCAUUGGACUCAACACCAUUGACUUCAGCUUCUGCCUGAAAGGAGAGAGUCUGGAUGGCAGCUUCCCCGCUGUGAUCGACUACACGCCUUACUUGAAGUACAUUCAGAAUGCAGACAGCAUCAGCAGCGACGAGGAGGAGAUGAGGACUCUGGGGAGCAGCGGCAGUGAGAGCAGCACCCCGGACAAGAUGGCCACCGCGGCCUCCAUCUUCACAGAGCAGAGCAACUUGGUCAGCAAGUGCAAACGCUUUGAGCAGAAGUACCGAAUGUCUUUGGAGCAGAAGGGUUACCUGGAAGAGCUGGUCGGUCUCCGAGAAGCCCAGCUGUCAGAGGCUGUGUCUCAUAACAAAGCUCUUCAGCAGAGCCUAGCAGACACACACCUCUCCCACAAACUGGAGAAAGAACAGCUUGAGUACAUCGUACUGGAACUACAGGACCAACUGACGGUGCUGAAGAACAAUGAUUUGCAGUCCAGGCAAGAGUUAACGGCCCAUCUGACCAAUCAGUGGCCAUCUCCUGUUGCCUUGGAUACCAACGCUGUUGCCUUGGACACGCUGCUGUACAGGAAGAGCACGGGACAGUGGGGGGAGAAGUGUUUCCAGAGUCUGGAGCAGCUGUCUGUAGACAUGAGUCUCUCCCAGUCGUCUCUUGAACCCUCACUCACACGGAGUCUGGAGGGCCGGCGGACCGGCACACUCUGGCAUCACCAAGGUAAAGAGGAAACUCCAUCUCUAAGAGGUCUGUGUGGCUCCCUGACCUCAGUCGCCAGCUACAAGUCUCUGGCCAGCCUGAAGUCCAGCGAGUGUUUGGCCAGUCCUGCAACCGAGAUCAGCAGUCCAGGCUUCACCCCCUCCUAAUGAACAGAGAGCUAAAUACACAGAUCUUCACCAGGGCCAGAAAAUCCAGGAACUUUUCUAAAUGUAUAGGUGAUACUGAUUUGGAGACAUUUAUUGUAUGAAUGUGGAGCCCAGAGCUUUAACAGCUGGAAGUCAGGUUUGCAAGUUGAGAAUCUGGUGUAGCAUGUUCUUUGAAUUGUAUUACAACUCAAAAGCAGCUUCAUCAGACUGAAUAAUGUCCAAUUAAUGUAGCUGUUCAGUAUGGAGGAUCUACUUCUGUUACUUCAUCAAUGUGUUUCAAUUAUUUAGACUUGUUUAGAUCUGUGUAAGAUUGUAUUUUCUAUUUUAGGAAAUAGAUUUGAAUAAAAGUCAGCUGAACUAAGGUUGAAAGGUUUCCCAGGAGAUCUUAGCAUGCCCAAAAUACUGACUGUAGAUCUAAUACUGAUGGCCUCGAUCACCCUCCUUUCAUUAUGAAUCAUUUCCUGCAGUUGAAAGGGUUUUUCAUUAUUUUCUAUGCUGCCACUGCAUUGAUAUAAUAGUUUUUAAAAAAAAUAUUGUAAUCUAUUUCAUUUGACUUCCACUUUCGUCACAUAUUGCUGUGUCACAUGUAAGGUGUAAAUGUUUUUUAAUUCAUCAGGGGUAUGUCAAUGUUGUGCAUUAUGCAGUACCAUAUGUUUUGUUCUCAGGUAUUAAUCCCCAUGAUUAUUAUUCACCAUUUACUGCUAGGUUUACUUUAAAGUUCAGCUUUAUCAGACACAGAAUCCUGUCAUUAUUCACAUUC